AUGUGUCUACUCAGAUUCCAACCUGCAGUGCCUUCACUCUUCGGUGAAGAGGCGAUAAUUCAAGUGACACCCUUCUCUCCGGCUUCAUUGUAUCGCAACUGCUUGGCUGCGACUGUGGCGACGCCUACGUCGAUCCCAUUCAAUGUGCCUGUCUCCGUCGCUGCGGUGGCCUCCAACUAUCAUCCUGACAAUCGCAUUCUUCUCCGAUACACAUCAACACCUCUCCGCCGUCCGAUCUACAAAUGCAUCUCGUCCCUUCUGUCAUCCUGCCUCCUGCACAAACUGCCUAGGUCAACAUCGUGUCUACGACUUCAGUGCAAUUCGGAGUCCGCAAAAUUUGCAAGGGUCUGGGCGCAUGGUCUGUGCGGAGUAUUGGAUGGCGAACUCUACAUCAAUCCCAGUGAGGCUGGCAGGAUGUGUGGGAACCAGGCCAGUGCAGUCGGUCACGUGUACAUGUCGGCAUUUCGAGAAUUCGCUGGGGAGGCAGUUGAAGUGGUUUUCGAGAUGGUGGUAGACAGUGUGGGAAAUGGAAUCGAUGCCCUUCCACCCACCAGUCUUAUCAACCACGCCUGUGACCCCAACUUAACUGUCAUUCCCGUUCGUGUUGACUCCCUGGUAAGGGUGAGGAGGUGCCCUACGACUACGGUGAGCGGUGUGGCAGUGGAAAGGCGUGUUUGUGUGGCAGCCAGGCAUGUCGUGGAUUCCUUCCAAACCAUGAUUAAAACAGGAGAUGUGCGCCUGCGUUUUUGUGUAUUAAUAUUUAAAGAAGCGUAG